GUCCGGUUGGGGGGGGGGGUAAUCACCAAGCACUUUAUGCGGAGCGCAGUUUUUGCGUGGCGCUCAUUCAGUGCGCAGCAGCGGUGACGGAGAGCGUCAAAGUGGACUUUCUUUUCCGCCGAAACAUCUGUGGUGGUGUUUUUUUUUUGGCUGGUGUUGGGGGGGUCUCACUUGGAAGACUGCAAGGUGGAAAGAUGAGUGAACAAAGGAUUUAGCUGCCGUCUGCUCGGACCUAUCAGGAGAACGAACAUCCAUCUGUGGAGAGUGUGGGGGGGUGCUCAUUCCAUGCCAUUGGGGCUGCUGCGACCACCGCCGGUUCCGAGAGCGAGGCAGUCGGAACCAUCUGGGCCGGUGGCGCUCAUGUGGAUGCAGAGAGCCGAAGCGAACGGGACGGCUCUUUUUUAAAAUGUGAAAUUUUUACUACCGAGUCUCGUCGACGCUGACAGCUGCGCGUGCAACCCUCCUCACCUUCUCCGUCGGAUCUUCUGCAUCGAUUACAAAGGAGAUGGCGUUCCCGCUGGUCCUGUUCCUGCUGCUGCUGACCCGUGGGACCACAGGCCAAGACCCCGAGGACUCCGAGGCUCUCCCAACAGGCUGCGGUUGGGGCCUGGGGCGACCCUACACCCUCCUCUGUGACCUGGACUCCAUAUGGGGCGUCGCCGUGGAGUCGGUGGCGGCCGGUGGUACGCUGGUGGCCAUCUUGCUGGCACUGGUCCUGCUGUGCCGCUUACGUCACGUCAGCGAGGCUGAGAAGCGUAGCGGCGUGGGCCCCAUCCUGUUGCUGCUCCUGGGCGUGGUGGGCUUGUUCGGGCUGAGCUUCGCUUACCUGAUCGAGCAGGAUGAGGCGCUGUGUCUGCUGCGGAGGGCCCUGUGGGGCCUCCUGUUCGCUCUGUGCUUCUCCUGCUUGCUGGUGCAGGGGGUGCGCCUGCGCAGGAUGGGUCGGGAGCGGCGUAGCCCGGGAGGAUGCGCCCUUUCGGGCCUGGCGUUGGGUCUGAGUGCCGUGCAGGGCAUCAUCGCCACAGAGUGGCUCCUUCUCACCGUGCUGAGGGAGGGCCGGGCCGCCUGUCAGUACCUCCCCAUGGACUUCUCGCUAGCUUGCAGCUAUGUGCUAGCCCUCCUGUUAGCCGCCUUGACUGCCGCCACUCUGGCGCUAUGCGGGAAGACGCGUCAGUGGCGCUGCAGUGCCGUCUGGCUGCUGGUCACCUGCCUGCUGUCGCUGCUGCUGUGGGUGGCUUGGGUGGGCUUCUAUCUCUACGGCAACGCCUGGCUGGGAAAGUCCCCGGAAUGGAAUGAUCCGGCGCUGGCCAUCGCUUUAGUGGCCCAGGGUUGGCUCCUGCUUAUCUUCCACGCCAUCCCCGAAUCACACAUCUGCCUCAAGCCUCCGCCGCAGCCCACCGCCCCGGACUACUUUGACACAUCGCAGAACUCCACACGGAUGAGAGAGACCAGCUUUGAUGAAGACAUCCCGCUCUCUCACAGGCAGUUUGUGGAGAACCAGGGCUACGGAUACAACGACGAAAACACCGCAGGUUUAAGGAGCGGCAGCAGCGCCGGGCAGCACAACAGCAACGCGGGCGCCAGGCCCAGCGCUCCCUUCCGCAGCAACGUCUACCAGCCCACCGAGAUGACCAUGAUCCUGAACGGGGGAGCGGUGAGUACAUCCUCCCCGUCGCAGGUGCCCUCUGCCCCUCCCACCUACACCGGGAGGCAGCUGUGGUGAAGCGGGGAGGUGCAAAUUGAGGAGACGAAGAGGAGGGUGGAGGAGGAGGAGGAGGAUGCAAACAUGGAUGCCACUUUCACUCUGUACAGACUUCAACACUGACUCGUGUGCCAAUCAGAUAUUGUUUAUGUGCGAGCACGUGGGAGAGAAAGGAGGUCAUGGAUGACAAAGCUAGAAAAAACAAGUCGUCUUUGGGUCGGAUUUGCUCUCAAACUGUGAAAAGUAUUAUUUUCUUUAGCUCUGUCAUCCAUCCUUCCAGCGUCCACGUGGGAUGUGUGUGUGUGUGUGUGUGUGUGUGUGUGUGUUGAAAAAAACUAAAGAGAAAAAAGGAGUGUCAAGUGCGUAUU